AUGACUUCACCGUCUUCACAAAUGAAUGGAGCAAGUGUUCGGGUUGAGUGCACUGAACCAGAACCUGUCUUGGACGAGUGGUGCAUCUACAGGGUUCCUAGCAAACUCCGGAAUGUAAAUAAAGCCUCAUACACUCCUCAAUUACUUUCGAUCGGCCCUUUCCACUAUGGCAGUCCAAAUCUGAAGGAUAUGCAAAGCCAUAAACAGAAAUAUUAUGAGAAAUUUCUCCUACGCUGUUCAAAGAAUGAGGCUGAGCUGAAAGCGUUGGUCAACCAGCAUCAGGACAGAAUUCUUAGCUUUUAUGCAGGUUACAUCGAGUGUAGAGGCAACUUUAUGGACAUGAUUCUAGUUGAUGCUUGCUUCAUCAUUGAACUGUUUAUUACAGACUCUGAAACAGAAAAUCAUCACAUACUGAGGUCACCUUGGAUGAGGAAAGCUGUAGUGACGGACUUGAUACUGUUUGAAAAUCAGAUUCCUUAUUAUUUUCUUGAAAAGCUUUAUGACUUUGCUGAGCCUCAGAUUCACGUCCAGCUUGAACCUGCUCAGCUGCCUCAGCACCAGCCUGAACCUGCUCAGCAUCAAUUUCUUAAAUAUUCCUGCAACUUCUUUAAAGAAUACUACAAGAAGGAUAAAGCCCCUGGAGUAAACCCGAAACAUUUCACUGAUUUGGUAAGAGAUUUUGUGUGUACAAAAGAGGUGAAAGUUAACUGUUUUAGUGAUAAUCAAAAAAGAUGUAAAUAUGAUGUGAGAAAGCUCAAGGCGGCAGGGGUAAAGUUUACACAUCUUGCAGAACCCUUUGUCAUAAAGGAAUUGUCAUCAACAAGGGUUAAGUUACCAUCUCUUACAACCAAGGAGUUAAAGCUUACACGAUUCUGGGCAACGUAUGAUGCAGAAAGCGUCAUAAGAAACAUUAUGGCCUUAGAACAACUCAUCUACCCAGAACAGGCUUACGUCUGCAGCUAUUUUUUGUUACUUAGUCAACUUGUCAACACUGUGCAAGACAUAGAUUUGCUGAUCAAAGAUGGAGUGGUCGAGAACUUGCUAGGCAGCAACAAAUCGGUGGAAAAGCUUAUUAACUCACUCUGUGUGCAUAUUGUCGAGCACAUUUCCUGCUAUUUUAAAAUAUGUGACGAUCUUAAUGAGCACUAUGAGACCAGUGUGUGCAAUCGCCGAAUGGCAAAGCUGAAACAAGUUUACUUCAAGGAUCUUUGGACAGGCAGUGCAACUAUACUUGGAUUCGUUGUCCUAAUUUUCUCAAUUGUUGGUACCAUCAAUUCACUCACCUCUCAUAGAUCACCAAAAAGUCCAACUCAAUGGUAUGAUGAAAACAAUCUUAGGCUAAGACUUUUUCCUUUCUCAUUAAAGGAUAAGGCUAAGGAUUGGUUGUACAAGAUUCGGGUGGCGAGUAUCACCUCAUGGGAUGAGAUGAAUGCCGCAUUUCUCAAGAAGUACAUUCCACCAUCCAAGAGAAAUGCAUUAAGGAACUCCUUCAUGAUUUUCCAAGAGUUUCCAUCGGAAUUGUUUCAUGAGUCUUGGGAGAGAUUCAAUUACAUGGAACAAAAUUGUCUUAAUCAUGAUGUGAAGAAGUGGCUUUUGUUGAGCACCUUCUAUAAUGGAUCAAGCCAUAAGACUAAAAGAAGAAUUGACAAUGCUUAUCAAAGGAGCUUCAUGGAGAAGAUUGAUAUUGAAGCGGAAAUGAUUCUUGACUCACUAGCCGAGACAUCAAAACUCUAUGAUAAUCAAAGUGAUAUGAGGCCGGUGAAGGAAGCCAUUGUGAUUUUGAAUGAUCAAUAA